AUGCUCCGCACCACCUUCCUCGCCCUCGCUGCUGCUGCUGGCCUUGCGACCGCUGCACCGGUCGAGCGUGCUACCGCCGCUCCCAUCGAGGAGCGCGGCGGCGCCUGGACGCUCAGCGCCGACGUCGUGGCUGCCUGGAAGCCGCUGGCCCACUAUGCUGCCGCCGUGUACUGCGACCCCGGCACUAUCUGGUCUUGGAGCUGCGGCACUCACUGUGACUCAACGGGCCAGCUCAACGUCCUCGCGACUGGCGGCGACAAUGGUUACAACCCAUACUACUACGUCGGAACCAACGGUUCCCAUGUCAUUGUCUCGAUCGCCGGCACUAACCCCGCCUCGGUGUCCUCCGUCGGCGUCGACAUCGACUUCCCCCUCACCAACGUCGACUCCAAGUACUUCCCUUCGGCUAGCGGUGUUCAGGUUCACGAGGGAUUCUACGGCGCCUUCACCCGCAUGGCGGGUGGCAUUGCCCCCGCGGUGCAGAACGCCGUCAACAGCGGCACCAACCAGGUCCUCGUUGUCGGCCACUCGCUUGGCGGCGCUCAGGGCCACCUCGUCGCCACCUACCUUCAGAAGCUGCUCGGCUCGCGCGCGACCGUGACGGCUCGCCUCUUUGCCUCGCCCCGUGUUGGAAACCAGGCGUGGGCCAACUACGUUGACUCGACGCUCGGAAACCGCGCCCAGCACAUGGUCAACAACAACGACGUCGUCCCCCAGCUCCCUCCCGCCGACUGGGGCUUCCAGCAGUCGUCCAACGAGAUCUGGAUCGUCACACCUGGCGGCAGCCAGUACCGUGCCUGCCCCGGUCAGGAGAACCAGUCGUGCCAGGAUGGUCUCGGCAUCGUAGGCGCCGUGGCCAACUUUGCUCAGUACCUCGACGUGGCUGUCCACCUCGGCCCCUACGUCGGUGUCUGGCUCUCCAGCCUUGAGUGCGCGGCUUAA